AUGACAGCCACCACUUUCCCCAGACACAUCCCUUCCAUCCCCUACAGCGAUCCCCCAAGUCGCCUUCAGACCCUCGACAUCUGGCUACCCCGGCCCCUCGAGGAGACGUCCAAAAAUGCCAACAACGCGAUAUGGCUAGUCUACAUCCACGGCGGCGCAUGGCGCGACCCCCUCAUAGAAUCGCAAAGCUUUGAGCCUACUAUCAAACAUCUUGUCGCUUCGCACUCGGCAACGCUGGACAACAUCGCAGGUAUCGCAAGUCUGAAUUAUAGACUUUCUCCUUACCCCGAUCACACGACACAGCCAAGUACACCUGGCGAUCCUGAGCGAUCUGCUAGACACCCACAACAUGUUCGCGACGUCGCGCACGGAAUACAACACCUACAGCGCGAAUACGGGAUGAAGAGAUGGAUAGGAAUAGGACAUUCCUGCGGCGCUACACUGCUCUGCCAACUCAUCUCUCAUGUCGGUCUUACCGCUGAACUUAUUCCUUCCCCGCAACCAGAAGCCUUGAUUUUGAUAUCAGGCAUAUACAACCUACCGCUACUCAUUCGGAAUCAUCUUCCGCCUACAACUCCAGAGUACAUUUCGGAAAUAUAUAAAAACUUCAUCAUCGGGGCUUUUGGUGAGGAUCAAGCAGAGUGGCAGGCCGUGUCACCUGUUUCGGGCAAGUACAAUGCACAACAGUGGCCGGAGGGUAAGCUGUUGGUGCUAUGCCAUAGCUACGAAGACGAACUGGUGGAGAGAGCCCAGAGGGAUGUCAUGUGUGUUGCGCUGGAUAGGGAGGGGUUCAAUAUUGUCAUGGAAGUUGGGGAUGAUGAAGACGAAGUCAAGGCUGAAGGAAGAAGAGUGGUCAAUGUGCGGGAUCUCAAGGGCGGUCAUGAUUGGAUAUGGGAAGACGGAAAGCAAAUCGCGAUUCUUGCUGCUGAAGCCGUGGAGCGGUUGGUUUAG